AGUAAUCCACCAGUAUAAGUACCUGUGUGCUGCCAGCUCACACCCAAAAGUGAACAGAGGGACACAGUGCUGCAGCUCUCACUUUCCAGUCUCAAGUGGACCGUCAGAGAAGAAAUCAGGAAAGAUGAGUUACGGAAACAUCAUGGGUGUUGAAACUACUGGUGCCUCAGCAGAAACAGCUAAGUCGGACGGGCUGGGAUACACAGGAGUGAAGGCAUCACACAAGAUGGCAGAGACUGACGCCGGCAGAAUGGAGAAGUACAAGUCUAAAAUCAAAAGUGUGGGAGGUAAAUAUGGAAUCGAUCCAGCUAUCAUCGCUGGCAUCAUCUCCAGAGAGUCCAGGGCUGGAAAUCAACUAAAGGAUGGCUGGGGAGAUGGGGGUAACGCCUGGGGACUGAUGCAGGUUGACGUGAAUCCACAAGGAGGUGGACACACUAAACGGGGUGCAUGGGACAGUGAGGAACACCUCUGCCAAGGCACAGAGAUCUUGGUUGAUUUUAUCAAACAGGUCACCAAAAAGUUACCUAGCUGGACCAAGGAGCAGCAGCUGAAAGGAGGAAUAGCAGCCUACAAUUUUGGGGUUAAAAACGUCCGCACCGUUGCAAAUGUUGAUGUUGGCACACACCAUGGAGACUACUCCAACGAUGUUGUUGCCAGAGCUCAGUGGUACAAAACCAAUAGGGGCUACUAACAGCACAAUCCUCUGCAAAAUCUCCUUCAACUCAUAAAGGAAGUUGAUGUUGAGGUGUGCUUCGCGUAAUCAUGUAAUUGCAAAGCUAAACUACUAAUGAAAUAAAUGUUUAUCGGGCUGAAGUCUCAGUGUGAACUCAGUAUGAACUAGUUGAGAUCAUUUGCAGAAAUGUAAGGAGAAAAGUAACAUUCACUGUAUCCUUUUUUACGACUGUAACUGCACUGUUGUUGAGGCUGCUUCAUGAUUUACAUAAUUUGCUUAAUACGGCUGAUUUAGUGCAUUGAUUAUCGCAGUUGCUUUCAGCUGCUUACAAAGUGAGAGAUGUAAUAAAGCAUGUAGUGUCACCA